UAGUCUACUGUGCUGUUCACCAUUUCAACAUGAUUUAGAGAGAGCAGCAUAAGGCCGGUUUAAAUAACAUAUUACUUUUAAAUGUUGAAAGGUGUCGAUGUUGGUUUUGGGUGAGGGGUUUUAAAUAUGAUUAUAAAAAUACUGAAUUCCUGUCAGCUACACCCCAGUAAGCACACAUGGUCGCCGCGACGUCUGCACGAUGUAAUUGAAUCCAUUUGGUAUUUAGAACUUUAGGGCCAGCGAGUAAACGCCAUACAUUCUGCGUCGAGGUAACUUGUGUGUCACUCUUUCUGUGAUCAAAGAUGUUGCUGCGCUCUUCAGUUCAGAAAAUUCUGUCCAGUGGGAAUACAGGAAGGCACUAUUGCUAUCAACGCCAGUUCCUUGCUUUUAUUUCUUUCUUUCUAUGAAAGAGGAGAAAAGAACGUCUUUGAAUCCCACAGAAUAAAUUCAGAUGCAAGCCACACCUUUCAACGAAGCCGGGGCAGACCUCCGCUUCGCCUCCUAUUAUGGCAGUCACAUGGUGCUGCAGAAAGCACCGGAACAGGCAGUGCUGUGGGGAUACGGGUCAAACGAGUACAAAGUCACUGUCUUUUUGGUAGGAGAACUGGAGUUCCACAGCCAAGUUGUGGUUGUGCAAAAUGGGACAUGGAGGGUGACUCUGCCCCCACAGACAGCCGGUGGCCCCUAUAAUGUGACGGCUAUCCAGCAAGAUGCCCAGGUCACCCUGACGGACCUCCUGUUCGGGGACGUGUGGCUGUGUGGCGGGCAAAGCAACAUGGCCUUCCCUCUUUCUCAGGUGUUCAAUGCAUCAGCAGAGAAGGCUCAAGCAGCAAAAUAUCCGGAUGUAAGGAUCUUCAUGGCCGCCUUAGAGCUAAGCCAAGAAGAGCUGAUUGACCUGCGCAAGGUGCAGAUGCCCUGGUCUGUCCCCUCUGCAGACCUAGUGGGCAACUUCUCCGCAGUCUGCUGGCUGUUUGGGCGCUAUCUGUACAAGAUCCUGGGGUACCCGGUGGGGCUGGUGGAGUCCUGCUGGGGGGGGACCCCUGUGGAGGCCUGGUCCUCCACCCGGGCGCUCCAGAAGUGUGGCCUGGACGGACUGGAAAUGGAAGCCAAAAGAUUCUUUUAUAUCGCCUCGUUGCCAAAUAAAUAUGGACCGUCACCAAAGAGAGAGAACUCUGUGCUCUGGAACGCCAUGAUCCACCCCUUCCUCAACAUGACAAUCAAGGGAGCCAUCUGGUAUCAAGGUGAGGAUAACACCGCGUAUCACCUGGACAAGUACGCCUGCUCCUUCCCCGCCAUGAUCGACGACUGGAGGGAGGCCUUCCACCUGGGCUCCAGGGGCCAGACCGCCCUGGACUUCCCAUUUGGAUUCGUACAGCUGUGCACGUACAACAAGAGCGCAGAGAGCGACAGCUUCCCAGAACUCCGCUGGCACCAGACGGCAGACUACGGCUUCAGCCCAAACCCCCGCAUGAAGAACACUUUCAUGGCCGUCGCUCUGGACUUGCCUGAUGAAAAGUCCCCUUGGGGCAGUAUCCACCCACGCGACAAGCAGGACGUGGCCUACAGGCUGACGCUGGGGGCGCGAGCCGUGGUCUACGGCGAGAAGGGCGUGGCCUUCCAGGGCCCAUUUCCUGUCAACGUCCUGCUGAAAGGAGACCUUAUCACCGUCACCUACACUCAAGCAGUUUCUGUCGCUCCGUCCAAAUCUGCAUUUGAGAUCUGCUGCACCAAAGAAAUAAAUCCCUGCAACUCCAAUUCAACAUGGCUGCCGGCUCCCAUAAUGCAGUGGGGCCACAGCUACAUCCAGGUGUCCACCGCCACGUGUGAGAACGCGGUGGCAGGCCUGCGUACCUGGAGGGACGGCCCAUCUUCUUAG